AUGGCCUCUCAGCUACUGAGGCUGGCAGAAGAGUCUGGUGUAAGCCCUGGGGAGUCUGAUCUGGCUGUGAACCCCUUUGAUGGGCUUCCCUUCUCUUCCCGCUACUACGAGCUGCUUGAGCAGCGCCGAACUUUGCCCAUCUGGGCCACUCGUUUUAUCUUCUUGGAGCAAUUGGAGAGUAGCCCCAGCGGAGUAGUGCUGGUGUCUGGAGAGCCUGGCUCUGGCAAGAGCACUCAGAUCCCUCAGUGGUGUGCAGAGUUUGCGCUGGCGAGGGGGUUCCAGAAGGGCCAGGUAACUGUCACUCAGCCCUAUCCGCUGGCAGUUCUAAGCCUGGCUCUGCGUGUUGCUGAUGAGAUGGACCUGGCCCUUGGUCAUGAAGUUGGAUACAGCAUCCCCCAGGAGGAUUGCACCGGGCCCGAUACCCUGCUCAGGUUCUGCUGGGACAAACUUCUUCUGCAGGAGGUGGCCUCAACCCGGGACACUGGAAGCUUGGGUGUGCUGGUGCUGGAUGAGGCUCAGGAGCGGUCAGUGGCCACAGAUGUGCUUCAGGGGCUGCUGUGUGAUGCCAGCCUGGGAAACCUUCCUGGGGACCUCAGAGUGGUUGUAGUUACUGAUCCAGCCCUUGAACCUAAGCUCCAAGCCUUCUGGGGAAAUCCUCCUGUUGUGCGUGUACCUGGAGAACUUGGCAGUUGCCCCAUCCCCAUAUAUAGGGACAUUGUCCCUGCGGAUCGCGUGGAAGCUGUCUGCCAAGCUGUGCUUGAAUUGUGUCAGAAGGAGCCCCCUGGAGACGUGCUAGUGUACCUACCCAGUGAGGAGGAAAUUUCCUUGUGCUGUGAAUCCUUGUCCAGAGAGGUGGGUUCCUUGGCUCUCCAAAGGCCUCCUCCACGGGUGUUACCCCUCCACUCAGGCGUUGGUCAAGCUGUUCAGGCUGUAUACGAGGACACAGACUUGGGUGCCCAAAAGGUGGUGGUCACUCACUGGCUGGCUGACUUCUCCUUCUCUCUCCCUUCCAUUCAACAUGUCAUUGACUCAGGACUGGAGCUUCGAAAUGUUUACAAUCCUCAAAUCCGAGCAGAAUCUCAAGUGUUGAGGCCAAUCAGCAAGUGCCAGGCAAAGGCAAGACAACUUCGGGCAAGAGGGUACCCACCAGGAUCCUGCCUCUGCCUAUACCCUAAGUCCUUCCUAGAAGUGGCUCCCCAACUACCUCAACCCAGGGUGUGUGAGGAGAAUCUGAGCCCGCUGGUAUUACUGCUGAAGAGGAGACAGAUUGCAGAGCCAGGGGACUGUCACUUCCUGGACCGGCCUGCUCCAGAAGCCCUGAUGCAGGCCCUCGAAGACUUAGACUAUCUGGCAGCCCUGGAUGAUGAUGGAAACCUGUCAGACCUGGGAAUCAUCCUGUCAGAGUUUCCUCUGCCCCCAGAGCUGGCAAAAGCUCUACUGGCCUCCUGCGAGUUUGAUUGUGUGGAUGAGAUGCUCACCCUAGCGGCUAUGCUCACUGCUGCCCCUGGAUAUACCCACCCUCCGCUCUGUGCAGAAGAAGCUGCCUUGCGUCGGGCCCUGGAACACACAGAUGGUGAUCAUAGCUCUCUGAUCCAGGUGUACGAAGCCUUUAUACAAAGUGGAACAGACAAGGCUUGGUGCCAGGCUCGGGGUCUAAACUGGGCAGCACUGUGCCAAGCCCAGAAACUUCGAGGAGAACUCCUAGAACUCAUGCAACGAAUUGAACUUCCCUUGUCCCAACCAGCCUUUGGCUCUGAGCAGAAUCGAAGAGAUCUUCAGAAAGCUCUGGUGUCUGGAUACUUCCUUAAGGUGGCCCAAGACACGGAUGGAACUGGAAAUUACCUGCUUCUGACCCAUAAGCAUGUGGCCCAGCUCUCCCCACACUGCUGCUACCGAAACCGUAGGGCUCCAGCCAGACCCCCACAAUGGGUGCUUUACCACAAUUUCUCCAUUUCCAAAGACAACUGCCUUUCCAUUGUUUCUGAGAUUCAACCACAGAUGCUGGUGGAGUUGGCCCCUUCAUACUUCCUGAGUAACUUGCCCCCCAGCGAAAGCAGAGACCUUCUAAACCAGCUGAGGGAAGAAACAGCAGAAUCGUCAACAGGAAAUGAAUCUUCCUCCACCCAAGAGUUUGGAGAUCCCUGUGUCCUGCAGUGACUACCUAAGAAUGGGAGCUGCGCAUCUCAUUGCAUUUGAUCCUUUCUCAAGCUAGCACCAAGGCUUUGCGCUAGAUUUCAAAGCCCAAAAUUUAGGGUAAAAUAUAAAGCCUGCAACCUGAAUCUCAAGAAAUGGUGGACUAAGGGUGAAGUGGACAGGGCUAACUAGUCUAGACGGGGCAGGACUCUUGCUAUAUUCUCCUAUUUAUUGGCGAGGGACUGACUGUACUCCCACUGUACCCUCAAUUUAUACCAAACCAAUUCUUGUACUUUCUUUUGGUCUAUAAAAUUAUUUUUCUGUGGUGCCAACUUUGAAUUUGGUUUUGUAGUACCAUAUAUGAAUCCAGAGUUUAGAGGUGACACAAUAGCAAAGACUCAGGGAUUAACUACUCCAGUGAUAGCCCUUUGCCUGUUUCACGUCUGGUCAAGCCUCUAUGCAAUAACAGAUGUCGCUGUCACUAAUAUAGAACAUGAUUAGUCUGACUACAAUUGACCUCUUGCCCUAGCUCUAGCUCAAACACUGCUCCUGCCUCUAGGGGAAGAAUUAGAGUGCUGUAGGAAUCAGACAAGAUCUUUCUUUUUGUCCUCACACCAUUUAAACCUUGCUCCUUAAACCUGAAGCCAUUACAAAUACCCCAAACUUUCAACUUUCCAUUAACUUCCCAGCAAUCCCUAGUUUGCCCACAAACUGCAAAGUCUAACAUUUUCAGAGAUGCUGUGUUUAACCCUUCUUUUCAGCUGAGUGUUCCUUUCCCUUCUCUUCCUUGGACUGUUAGCUUUGUAUCCUUCAUCAUCUUGCACAAGUGCAAAAUGCAUAGAAUUUUGUGGAAUUAAUCCUUAGAAUUUGCUCCUGCCCUAAAAGUACUCUCCUUUGGAUAUUGUAUCUCAUCAUUCCAUCUAUCUCCACCUCUAUGUGAAUGUCAACUGACCACCAAAGGCACUGUUUCAGAGUGUUUCUUUCUAGAUAUAGCAUUUUGUUUUGCCUGCAGCUCUUGCUUUAAACUUGCCAAUUUCCCCCUUUAUCAUCCACAACACCAUUGAUUUCCUGACACUCUGUAGCUCUAACUGUGGAAUCAAGCUUUGGCUCCUCAUAGACCUGUCACUUCCUAAUUAUUUGCAAAUUCUGCUCACCCUAAUUCCACUAAGCCCAUUAAGUUAUCCUUGCCCACUGUUUCCCCUUCCCCCUCCCAGUCUGCACAGGACACGAGUCAGACUAGUCUUCCCAGAUUUUCUUACUUUGCGUGUGUAAAUAUUCGUAUCUUGCUUGCCCCCCAGGCGCAUUAUGAGGCUCAGUAGCAGGUUGAACACACACCAACAACAUGAGACUCAAAGUUAAGAAGGAAUCCGUAGUGAUUAUUUUACAGUUGAAGGAUAAGAUGCCCAGGGUGCCAACCCUCUAGUUCUGCCCAGGUUCUAGCUCUCCGGUGCCACCUC